AUGGGUCGUGAUCUAGAAAAUCAGUUGCUUUUUGAAGUAGCUACUGAAGUAGCAAAUAAGGUGGGUGGUAUAUAUUCGGUUUUGAAAUCGAAAGCAUUGGUCACUAUUGCUCAAUAUCAUGAUAACUAUACUUUGAUUGGCCCUUUGAACAGAGCUACUUAUCAAACUGAGGUGGAAGAACUUGAUUGGGAAAAUAUGCAUUCUCAUGAUUCAGACUCAACAGCUUCCAUUAAGAAAGUUUUAAUAAGGAUGAGUGAAAGGGGUGUUCGCUUUGUGUAUGGUAAUUGGUUGAUAGAAGGUUCUCCAAAAGUAAUCUUAUUUGAAUUGAAUUCUCUUUCAGGUUAUUUGAAUGAAUGGAAGGCGGACCUUUGGAAUUUGGUCGGUAUUCCUUCUCCUGAAAAUGACAAUGAGACUAAUGAUGCAAUUUUGCUUGGUUAUGUUGUGACUUGGUUUUUAGGGGAAUUGGCAUAUAUAAAUGAGAGCGAUACAAUUAUUGCACAUUUCCACGAAUGGUUGGCAGGUGUGGCAUUACCCUUGUGUAGAAAAAGGAGAAUAGACGUUGUCACCAUCUUUACUACACAUGCAACUUUAUUAGGAAGAUAUUUGUGUGCUUCAGGGGAUGUUGAUUUCUAUAAUAAUUUACAAAACUUUGAUGUCGACCACGAGGCAGGCAAAUAUGGCAUUUAUCAUCGUUACUGUAUCGAAAGAGCAGCCGCUCAUAGUGCCGAUGUUUUUACUACUGUGUCGCAUAUCACUGCUUUAGAAGCUGAACAUUUAUUAAAAAGAAAACCUGAUGGGAUAUUACCAAAUGGUUUAAACGUAAAGAAGUUCCAAGCUUAUCAUGAGUUUCAAAACCUUCAUGCUUUGAAGAAAGAAAAGAUAAAUGAUUUUGUUAAAGGACAUUUCCAUGGUUCUUUGGAUUUUGAAAUUGAUGAUACUUUAUAUUUUUUCAUUGCUGGUAGAUAUGAAUACAAAAAUAAAGGUGUUGACAUGUAUAUUGAAGCCUUAGCAAGAUUGAAUUAUAGAUUGAAAGUUUCUGGUUGUAAGAAAACUGUCGUUGCUUUUAUAAUCAUGCCUGCCAAAAACAAUUCUUUCACUGUAGAAGCGUUGAGAGGCCAAGCAGUUGUCAAAUCGUUAGAAAAUACCGUAAAUGAAGUAACAGAGCUUAUUGGUAAAAGAAUUUUUGAUCAUGCCUUGAAAUAUCCACAUAUGGGCAUUACGACAGAGUUACCAACAACUUUAGAAGAUUUAUUGACGGAUUCUGAUAAAAUUUUAUUGAAAAAGAGAACCUUAAACUUAAGAAGGGCUGAUGGAGAACUACCUCCUGUGGUUACUCAUAAUAUGGCAGAUAAUUCUAGUGAUCCUGUUUUAAACAAAAUUAGAAGUGUUCAGUUAUUUAAUAAUUCCAGUGAUAGAGUUAAAAUGAUUUUCCAUCCCGAAUUUUUAAAUGCAAACAAUCCAAUACUAGGCCUUGAUUAUGAUGAGUUUGUUCGUGGUUGUCAUUUAGGUGUUUUCCCUUCAUAUUAUGAACCUUGGGGGUAUACACCGGCAGAAUGUACCGUUAUGGGUGUUCCCUCUAUAACUACAAACGUAUCUGGAUUUGGCGCGUACAUGGAAGACUUAAUAGAAGCGAACCAGGCUAAAGAUUAUGGUAUAUAUAUUGUUGAUCGUCGUUUUAAGAAUCCAGAAGAAAGUAUUGAACAACUAGUUGACUAUAUAGAAGAUUUUGUAAACAAAAAUAGAAGACAAAGAAUUAACCAAAGAAAUAGAACAGAGCGACUAAGUGAUCUUUUGGAUUGGAAGAGAAUGGGCUUAGAAUACAUUAAAGCUCGUCAAUUAGCAUUAUUUAGAGCCUAUCCUGAUGAAUUUAAAAAUCAAAUAUCGCAAUCGACCAAGAUGACGGAAGACUCUAAUUUAGAUUCAAUGACUGGAGAAACAAAAUUCAAAAUUUCUAGACCUUUAAGCGUUCCAGGAUCUCCCAAGAAUAGUGUGAUCAAAACACCGAAUGGAAACAAUGACAUAAGAACAGUAUUUAUGACGCCAGGUGAUUUGGGAACGUUGCAGGAUGCAAACAAUGCCGAUGAUUACUUCCAUUUAGGUUUAAAUGAUGAUGAUGAUGAUGAUGGAUCGACAUAUUAA